UAGCUCCCUCGUCCGGUCGUUUUCAGUUCCGUCAUCAUCUCAUAAAAUGUGCUUCUGUUAGAAUCCGAAACCUGAAAUUCAAUUGCUCUGGGGAUUGAGAUUUGAGGUCACGUGCGCGAGAUGAGUUUCCUGGAAAGAGGAGGGGAGAAUAUCGUGCCGUUGCUUGAAUUGAGGAAUAAAAUGGACUCUUCCACCACGGAUAAGAAGGAACGUCCUAGGAGCGCGACGACGAUGUCUAUUCUGGCGCCGGAGAAGAGGAGGAUUUCGCCACGGUUUAUAGGCGUUUUGAAAAGGGCGGUCCCGCUGCUGGUUCAUGUCCCGCCGAUGGUGAUUAGUGUGGGCGUCUUGACUCUUACGUUUAGGCAGGCGUUUUGGGGACCGCCGGGGGAUAAUACGAAUGCGGUGCUUAAUAGUUUGCAGUUUGCUGCCCAGUUGCAUACGAGCUUGAUAGCUGUGUCUCUUGCUGCUAUACUGCUACAUUAUGUGCACACCUGUCUCCGCGCAUCGUCCGGCGCUCCACUAGGAUUCCUAAGCUCGAAUUUCCAACUUCAUUCCUUGACCUAUGUUCUCAGUUCCGAGUUCAGAGCGUUGGGAUAUCGAUACGUCCUUAUCUUCUUCCCAUUAUUCCUUCUAGGGAUGUUGGCUGGUCCAGCGUCUGCUAUUACUAUGCUCCCAAGACUGCAGUUCUGGAGCAUCAAUAAACUAUGGACUGGGACCGGAAAUUUGGAUUUCAGGGUCUUCAUUGGUGCUAACGAGACGAUGCUAUAUCCAUCUGUUCUCACGGCCGGGAACUCUCCAGCGGAAUGCGCGGGCUUGAAUGCCUCCUUGUUAGGCGAGUGUCCUGGUUAUGGGAUGAAGUAUUGGUUACAGCAAGACGAUCUGUUUCCCAUCUAUCAAGGACCGGCACAGAUCAACAAAUCGAUCGAGGAGACUAACAGCUUUGGGGAACCGUUCUUGAGGUAUAUGGUGGGACAGACUUCGUUUGUGAAUCAGGGCAAUCAGGAUGUUUACCUGACAUCUACGUUGUCGAAGUUCUUGGCUAGUGCUUUGGUCGGGUAUGGGAACGUUCUGUAUGAGAUUGGUGUGCAGGCUCAGCAGAUUUUCGGAGAGCAAACCAAUGAUGUGACGAUCCAGUCGGAGGAUACUUCACUAUUGGCACGAUAUGACCUUUCUUUCGCUGGAGGAGGAAAGACGGUGUCGACGAGGAAACCGUUGGUAGAAGUGGAAUGUGCGGGUUACGCUCCGAAUGCUACCUCCCUCACUCUUCAACAUUCACGUAUGGUCUGGCCGCCUUUCACUUCUGAUCCAAUUGAUUCAGCCGACUGGGAGGUUCAAGCUUCGGACUACAGCUCUCUUUCCAGCGACCUGAAUUCCACUGUCGUAAACUCGAGUUUUAUCGACAUCUCUCAGUUCGGCACCGUUGCUCCGUCUUUAGGCGCCUUCUUUGCUACGCCGGCAAUUUUCGCUACGUCAAGCUUCUCUGCACCCAGAAGUGGCAAUCUUUCUUUGUUCACUUGCACGAUCGACGCCCGCUGGAUGCCAACUACUGCAUUCUGGGACUCGAGUUCUGGCACAGCUGCAGUCUUUGACUCGAACCCCAAUCCAAAUGCUGCCAUUGGCGUCGAUGCAGACCUCUCCGGUCUGCAUCCCUACGCAUUAGACACCGUUUCCAUAACCCCUUCAUUCUCCUCUCUCCUCGACGUCCCAUUUUCAGACUCCAUCAUCGACCCCCAACCAACAAACAGAACAAUCCUCGACACCUUAGGCCAGAAAUGCCUCGACAGCAACACAUUCAUCAACUCCACCUCUGGCACCAGACUCUUCAACCAAGGCACCGUAAUGAGCCUAACCUCCUGCCUCGAAGUAGCCCUCUCCAUCUACCUCGCAGACGCCAUGUCCCGCCUCCAAGACUCCAUCCCCAUCUACCUCGUCGCAUCAGGCCAUCUCACCGAUCUCGCAUCAGGCGAAGGUUUCCCGGAAGACGUGUACUACGUCCAGGAUUUCUACGCCGAGUUUCCCGGCAGUACGGAAAUGAUCGUUAACCAGACGACGGGACAGUCGCAGCUUGCUGAAGCGAAGUACCAGGUGUUGGGGAUCUCGUUGCAGGAUUUUGAGGAUGAUAGUCGGUUUUUGGAGAUGAAGUUCGCGGCGAGCAGGUGGGGGUAUGGGUACGGGUUUCAGGAGUCGAGGUUGAUUUUUGUGGGGGUGGUGGUGCUGUUGUUGCAUGUGGUGCUUUGUUUGGGGUUUAUGGGAUGGGUUUUGGUUAUGGGGGAUAGGGGGAGGGCGUGGGAGAGUAUUGGUGAGUUGGUUGUUGUGGGGAUGAAGUCUGGGGCUUUGGGUGGGAAGGACGCCGUGGAGGAGGAGAGGGAGGGGAAGAAAUGGAAGGAUAGGUAUGUUGUUGAGGAGGUUGUGAUUGGUGGUGAAAGUAGUGGUAUUGAAGGAAAGAAAGAGAUGGUAUUGAGAAAGGUUGGGAAACGGGAGAAGGAUGAGGAUUAUGAUUCGUUUAGUCAUGCUCAAUGGGAGCCGAGGUGAGCUUGUGCUCGGGUUCUCGGUCCAUUACUUUUACCGUCACAAAUGG